CGAGAAGCCUAACCCUAACCCAGAACCCAAAACCUAAAACCUGCACCGUAUAAAACUAGGGUUUUUCCGGCCUCUCCUUUUAUCCCGCCGUUUUCCUCCGUCUCUCUCUCUCUCUCUCUCUCUCUCUCUCUCUCCCGUUUUAGGUCCUUCUCCUUCGUUCGAUCAUGGCGGAACAGACUGAGAGGGCAUUCCUUAAGCAGCCAAAGGUUUUCCUUAGCUCGAAGAAACCUAGUAAGGGGAAGAGACCUGGUAAGGGUGGGAACCGCUUCUGGAAGAGUAUUGGUCUUGGAUUCAAGACUCCUAGGGAAGCUAUUGAAGGAACAUACAUUGACAAGAAAUGCCCAUUCACUGGCAAUGUUUCUAUUAGGGGCCGCAUUUUAGCUGGCACAUGCCAUAGUGCCAAGAUGAACAGAACUAUCAUCGUCCGUAGAAAUUACCUCCACUAUGUGAAGAAGUAUCAGAGGUAUGAGAAGAGGCAUUCAAAUAUCGCAGCACAUGUAUCCCCAUGCUUCCGUGUGAAGGAAGGAGACCAUGUUAUCAUUGGCCAGUGCAGGCCAUUGUCCAAGACUGUGAGGUUCAAUGUUCUAAAAGUCAUUCCAGCUGGAUCAAAAGGUGGUGGGAAGAAGGCGUUCACCGCAAUCUGAUGUUUUUAACAUUGUGUUCUUACAUAUUGCAGUUGGAUGAAGUAGGUCCAGGUUUGAAUUGAGCUCUUUGAAUGAAUUAAAUGCCACUUGAACAGAGUUAGCCCGUUUAUUGCUUUUAGAAACUCUCAACUAGUGCUGUUUAAACAGAACUCAACACUUUUCUCUCGCAAAAAAAUUAUCUUUUUGGAUUUCGACUAAAUA